ACAACAGAUUCGUCAACUGGGUAGCGUCAUUCAGUUGCGACUGUUCGCUUCCAACAUGGCUUCCAGACUAGAGAUCAAUUUUAUUAGAUUAUUGUCGCGUUGUGAAUUUGUGGCGUCGGAGAAACGAGGAGAGGCAGAAUGGAGGCUGGAGAAGUAUGUUGCAGCCCUGGAAGACAUGUUGGUGGCUCUGAGGAAAAGCCCAAGCAAACCAACACAGGAGGUCCUGACUGAAUACACAAGAAAAGUAGAUUUUCUAAAAGGACUUCUGGAAGCAGAGAAGCUGCCAUCACCAACAGAAAAGGCUUUAGCCAAUCAGUUCCUUGCUCCAGGUCGUACGCCUACAAUAGCCAAUGAGAGGAUGCCAGCCUCUAAAACGGUUCACAUUCAGUCGAAGGCGCGAUGUACAGGGGAGAUGAGAGACGAGCUGCUCGGCACGCGGUUGUCUGGCAAAGGCACAACAGAUGGAGACCUGAGAAAUAGAAGAUGUCUUCCUCUGGACGAGCGUCAGUCUGCAGCCGAGCUGGACGCCGUCUUGCAACACCACCACAACCUGCAGGAGAAGCUGGCAGAGGACAUGCUCAACCUGGCCAGAAAUCUGAAGAAUAACACUCUGGCAGCUCAAAACAUCAUCAAACAGGACAAUCAGACUCUGAGUCAGUCCAUGCGUCAAGCCGACCUGAACUUUGAGAAGCUGAAGACGGAAUCGGAGCGGUUGGAGCAGCACUCCAAGAAGUCCGUUAACUGGCUGCUGUGGCUGAUGCUCAUCCUGGUCUCCUUCACUUUUAUCAGCAUGAUCCUCUUCAUCAGAAUCUUCCCCAGACUUAGAUGAUGACAAAACCCUGAACUCCUCUAUGGUCAUCUCUGUCAGAACGCUUGAAGGUGCAGGAUCAGCCAUGAACUGUCCCCUCUCACCUGUGAUGGGUCAUUACCUCCUGAGGCGCGCUCUGAAGUUGAAGCUGUUUGACCCAAAUGUUGCAUCAUUUAAUACACAUUAAGUUGAACAGAUUCUUAUUUAUAGACAUCUCAGCUCUCUGACCCAGCGGUUUAGUGUUUACUGUAUUCUGAAGUCUUAAUAACUGAUGGAAGAUCCACAGCUGUCUAGAUUUAAUCAAUGAUUGGAGAAUCUAAACACAUGUAGAGCUGUUUGACACCAGCUUCCAGCUGCAGGUGUUGGCUUGGCUCAGAUUUCUGAUAACUGCUGCAGUUCAUGAUGAUCCAUUUAUAAAAGACACUAAUAUUAAAAGAUAUCAGAAGAGUUUCUGUGCAGUUUAAUUACUUCUACUCUCCAGUCCAGUGCAUUGUUUUCUGAUUACUGUUUGUGUCUGGUUUGUGAUGACCUUUGGGGCUGCAGCUCCUAAUGAAGUAUGUUUUGGUUAUUAAAUAUUUCCUGCCAUGCACACACA